AUGGCAUGCUGGGACUUGCAGCACAGUCCUAGCGUGGUGGGAGAGGUGGGCGGCCAGCAUCCUACGCUGUCCCUGUCAGAGACGGACCUGGGCCCCCCCUUCCGGGGCUCCCAGUCUGGAUGGAAGGUCCAGGGCUUGUUCAGGGCACGUUGCAACUGCAGGCAGGACCCAGAGGGCCGCACGGCCCUGGCCAGGAGCGCUGUUGCUGUGCAGCCAGUGAGGGAGGGCUUCCUUACAGGGCUGGCUCAGGCCUCCCAAGUGGACUCUGGGGAGUGGGUGGGGCAGGGAAGUUCCAAUGCCGCUGUCUGUCCUGGGAGCCUGGACUGCGCCCUGAAGAGGCGGGCACGGUGCCCCCCGGGCGCACACGUCUGUGGGCCCUGCCUUCAGCCCUUCCAGGAAGAUCAGGAAGGGCUCUGUGUACCCAGGAUGCGCCGGCCUGCGGGGGAGAACCUGCCCAGGCCGAGACUGGAAGACGAGAUUGACUUCCUGGCCCAGGAGCUGGCCCGGCAGGAGCCCCGGCACUCCAGGCUCACGGCCCAGCCCCAGCUUGAAGGCGGACAGCAGCACCUGGAGCCCGCAGCCACCCUGGGGCUCUCAGAGCGUCGCCAGGGCCCCAACCUGGGCCUCCCCUCCACUCGGGGAGCCCCGGCACCCACGGUCCACACAUCCUUGGGCUCCCCUGUGUCGUCUGGGCCGGUGCACAUGUCUCCCUUGGAGCCCCGGGGCGGGCGCGGUGAUGGCCUCGCCCUCGGGCAGGACUGUGCCCUCCAGGAAGGACAGUGUGAUUUGUGGAUGGAUGGCAGUGGACACCCCUGCCUUGGAGGUGGGCCCCCGGGGGGCACAGCAGGGAUGACCACCCAGGGCGCAGCAGGCUGGCAGCGACCUUAG